AAUUAGGCCUGAAACAACUGGUUCUGCCAGGUCAUUUGCUGCAGAACCAGUUCAGCUGCAAAUCAGUAAAAAAUAUCCCCUUCAUGCCUCUUUCUUUAUAAGAAAGCAACAAACAAACUAUCUGUGAGGAGACUGGAGCAUCGGUCAGGAUGGCUUCUCUUGUGCUGUUGCAUCUACUCCUCUUAGCAGCUUCAUCUGAAUCACAAAUAUACAGGCACCUUGGCACAUCGCUGUCCUUCUCCCCUAAAAGAAAAAACUUAAAGGGGGAUUAUGAGGUGGAAAUUCGCUAUAAGCCAACUGGAUAUGAAGACCAUGAGAAUUCCUAUGGAUGCGGAUUUGGUGACUGCGGGAUGGAGACCCAGAGCAACACCAUCAUUACUGCCCGUAAUUCGAUUAAUCUCACCUGGUAUCAAGUUGAAGUAGUUUCAAAGAGAAAUUUCAAAACCAACCUUCCCUUUGAAAUUUAUUACCCAAACUACUACAAUUUCCACUAUAAGAUGGGCUUAUGGAUAGAAAACUCCAGAGGAUGGCUCACUCACUGGGGAACAAUAACGUACAUCGACCUGGGAACCCGAUCUGAUACCGGCGAAUCCAACAGAUCUCCCGUCACAACAACACUCCCUAUUAUUAGAGUAACAAAGUACUGUCCUCGAACGUUCAAUCUGACUGUAUUUGACCCUGACGGGGAUCGCGUGAGAUGCAGAGUACCUGUAAUACGUUACAAUGUCCCCCAUGAGACUUGCUCAUUGUGCAGUCUUGACAGCGGUUUCUCUGUAGAUAAGGUAAGGUUAUUUCAUCAUAAUAUAAACAUGAAGAACCACACACAUCAGUACUAUUGAAAUUUUAUUUUACGUAAUGCUAAAUAUAUUUUUAAGAUUAUAAAAUGAGACGGUUAAAUUCUGUCAGUUCAAGGAAGAUUCUGUCUGAAGCCUUCUGGACAGAAGGCUACUCCUACUGCACACCUAAACACCAACUGUCUGAUGAAAGUAUGUAUGUUUUUUGUCAGAACUCCUGCUCUGUUUCAUAUAAGUCCAGCGAGGUCAUUGGAUACCAUCCAAUUGAGCUUGUGGUUGAGGACUUUCCCAACCAAAGGAUUACCAUCUCCUACUCUGACAGAUCCUACACAACAAAACAUCACUUGUCAACAAUGCGCCGCAAGCGUCAAGCCUCAUUUUACCCAACAACCACAGCAGCUCCAACUACCAAUGCCUUUCACCCAACAACAACCACGGGAGCUCCAACUACCAAUGCCUUUCACCCAACAACAACCACGGCAGCUCCAACUACCAAUGCUUUCACCCAACAACAACCACAGCAGCUCCAACUACCAAUGCCUUUUACCCAACAACAACCACGGCAGCUCCAACUACCAAUGCCUUUCACCCAACAACAACCACGGCAGCUCCAACUACCAAUGCCUUUCACCCAACAACAACCACGGCAGCUCCAACUACCAAUGCCUUUUACCCAACAACAACCACGGCAGCUCCAACUACCAAUGCCUUUUACCCAACAACAACCACAGCAGCUUCAACUACCAAUGCCUUUCACCCAACAACAACCACGGCAGCUCCAACUACCAAUGCCUUUCACCCAACAACAACCACGGCAGCUCCAACUACCAAUGCCUUUUACCCAACAACAACCACAGCAGCUUCAACUACCAAUGCCUUUCACCCAACAACAACCACGGCAGCUCCAACUACCAAUGCCUUUUACCCAACAACAACCACAGCAGCUCCAACUACCAAAGCCUUUCACCCAACAACAACCACAGCAGCUCCAACUACCAAUGCCUUUUACCCAACAACCACAGCAGCUCCGACUACCAUUACUCCACACACUAACACCCCCCUUUAUAGACCAUCAAAUCCUCCUUUAAGCCGGAUUCCUCUGGAAUUUACAGUUUAUGGUAGAUAAAUGAUUUCUACAAGACACAAAUAAGCUCAGUGAUGUUUUAUAAGUUUCUCACUGUCUGUCUUGUCACCUGGUUUUCAGUGGACAAUUACAUCAUUCCUUCAUGUCUUGACGGAGAUUACUUCCCCAUAUUUUUGGCACCAACUCCAGUUAAUGGGGUGAAUUUACCAGCCUUUGUGAAACAAACACUUAAAGUCAAAGUCAGGUCCACAGCUCAACAUGCAAUGUAAGAAAAGCUUAAAUAACAGUCACUGAUUGCACUUUUAAUGUCUUCUUCUUUUUAAAAUCACACCCAUUAGUAUUAUUUUAUAGUUAUCAACAAAUGUCAUAUAUUCACAAACUGAACAUACUGCUUGUUAUGAAUGCUUGUGACAGGACCACCGCGUAUUUCAAAGGAAAAGGUUUCAAGCGAUUCAUACGUCAUAAAAUGGACGCCAACUGACUUUGAACUGCAUGGUCAUUUUCCUAUUUGCUUUGUUUCUGAAGCAGAAGAUGGACAACAAAGGGUGUUCCACUCAGAGCUGCGCUGUGUGACUGUUUCUGUUGAACAUCACGACGCCACUGUAACCUGCAAUGAAACAACAAUGAUCAUAGAGCUGGCAAAGACUUCCCUCAUCAAACGCAAGGAAAACAGUUUGCAUCUAAUUGACUGGUGGGAUUCUUCGUGCAGCCUGAGACAUCGUUCGAACGCGACUCACCUGGUGGCGGUCAUGGCCCUGAACGGCUGUGGGACUCAGGUUGAGGAGGAUGACGACAACAUCAUCUUCAAGAAUGUGAUCACAUCAGCUGAUCCCAAUAAAAUCAUUUCCAGGCACCAAGACAUUGAGAUCGUCUUUUCCUGCGUCUAUCCAAAGCGAACCAACCUGACUCUGGGAUUCACACACAAAAACCCGUACUUUUUCAACGAGAGAGGAUUCAGCUCCUUCACCUUCCAGUUUGAAUUCUUUGAGAGUCAGCUUUUCAGGAAGCAGAUAAACGCCAGCAGCUACCCGGUGCAGGUUUACCUCAAGCAGAUGAUCUUCAUGCAGAUCGAGGCUGGCUCGUCCAUCCCCAACACAGAGCUGUUUGUGGAGUCCUGCAGGGCGACUCCCUACGACAACCCCACCUCCCGCAUCAGCUACGCCAUCAUCGAAAACGGAUGUGUGAAGGAUGAAACUGUGCAAAUCUUCCCAAGCUCCAAGUCUAAUUUCAGAUUUGGUAUGGAGGCUUUUGAGUUCAUUGGAGCUCAUGAGGAGGUCUACAUCUCCUGUUCGGUCCUCCUGUGUGAGAGCGGCAAUCCGGAAACUCGAUGCUCUCAGGGAUGCAUCACAUCCGACUCACCGAACGAUCGCAGGAGGAGAGACGCUCCGGCCCAGACAAGCAGGCACUCCAUUUCCCAGGGUCCUUUGCACCUCAGGCAUUCUGACACCAAAGGUUCAGGACCAGGCACAGGUUCAGGACCAGGCACAGGUUCAGGACCAGGCCUGUAUCUGGGCCUGAACCUGGUCUUUGCUGUCUGCUGCCUGUUGGUUUGCGGUCUGGUCAUCUACCGAAACAGAAGAACCGCCGUUAAAUAUCAACGCCUACCAGCUGCUGAUUCUCCAGUCGACUCUGACCCCCCAGUAGAUUAAGACGGAUCUUCCAUGUUUUCUAAAAGAGAAUCAGAUUCUGUUUUGAGUAUUUAUGUUCUUUCUUGAGCUUUUUUUGGUUUGGUUUCAGUUUAAUGGUAAAAGGGAAUCAUAUGAUUUUAAUGCUUUGUAAACUUUGAUUUUGCAAAUUGUGUAACAAACAAACUCAAUAUUUCUUUGAAUGCCUCCAAUAAAAAUCUUUGAAUGUC